AUGUCACGAAAAUAUUCUUCAUGGGCAUCAAAUCAACCUUCAAUAAAUUCAAAUUUACCAAUUAUGAAAUUAGCAACAGUCCUAGGCAACGAACAAGAUCAACUUAAACAUCUCGAAAGAGUUGAAGCUAUUCCACAUAUGUAUAUAAAUGUGGAUGUACCACCACAACCAUUAUCAUCAUCAACAACAAAUAUUGAUACACGAGCUAUGCAACCAUCUAUGAUAUCAAGACAAAAUUCAUCUUUUUUUGCUGUACCAACUGUUCUAACAAAUGGUCAAACAAAAAUAUGGCCCGUUGAAAAAUCUAUAAAAAAUUCAUCAUUUGAAAGUACAUCAUCAACAUCAAAACGAACUCAUAAACAUAAACAUCAUCAUCAUCAUCGUGGCGAUAAACAUCAUCAUCACCAUCAUCAUCAUCAUCAUAAUCGACGGUAUCGUGCUAAAAGUGCUGAAUCAAUUAGAAAUCGACCGAAUCAAACAUUAAUUUCUCCAUCAAAAAUGAUGGUUACUAAUUCACAAUAUAUUGAACAAGAUCAACAACAACAACAACCAAUGGUUGUCUAUCGUGAAGUUCCUAGUGGUGAAAGUUAUCCAGUUGAUACUACUAAUCGUUUAGCUACUGUACCUUAUGAUACGCAACAUGAAACAGCUUUCGUUGAUGAUCAACAAGCACCUUUUAUUGUUUAUCGUGAUGCUAAUUUUCAACAACAACAACAACAACAACAACCACAAUCAAUAGUAACUGAUGGAAUUUCUCAACAAUUAUUUUUUAAUCACGAUCAAGAUGCAAUCCUUCAUCAAACUGAACCAUCGAUUUGUCUUUCACCAUUACAACAACAACAACAACAACAACCAUCACAAAUAGUUUAUUGUACUGAUUCAAAUCAACAAGAUUAUAUCUGUGCAUCAAAUAAUCAUAAUAUUAUUCAACAACCUAUAUCAUCACCAUUCCCACAACAACAACAACAAUUUGUUUGUCUUGAUAAUUUAUCAACAAUACAACCAACAAUAAUUAAUCAAAUACCUGUUUUUAAUUCUUUACCAACAAAUACAACUACACCAUCUCUUUUUACUUUACCACAAUCACAACUUCAACGUACAUCAAAUGUUAUUAUUCAACAACCACAGUGUCAACCUCAACCUCAACCAUUUCAAAUUAUUCAACAUCCACAAUCAUUACAAGUUAUUCAACAACCUCAACCAAUACAAGUUAUUCAACAACCACAACCAUUACAAUUCAUUCAAAGUCCACAAUCACAAUCUGGACAAGUUUUACAAAUUGCUUCAGCAACACCACAAAUUAUUCAAACUCCACCUGUUCUUCAAACUAUUCAAAUACCAAAUCCAACCGUCGCAGCUAGUCCACAAAUUCUUUAUCAACGUCCAUAUGAUCCAGCUGUUGUAUCAAUUCAAGGUCAACCAAUGGCUAUGACAAAUCAACCUGUAGUAGCAUUAAGUCAACCAUCUUAUGCACCAUCACGUAUUAUUCCAGCUAUACAAGGAACACAAUCACAAGCACCAAAUAUGUUUCGUCAUGCACUUAUACGAACUGUUGCUGGACGAACUGGCUUACCCAUUCCAUCAGCCGCAUCGGAUAGUUGCGGUGGUCUUCAGUUAAUGCAAUCUACAGUUGGAACACCUGCAGCUGCAAAUCCAAAAAAAAAAAAAGCAUUUGAUGUUUGUAGUUUACUACUAGCUAAUGGUAUAGAACAAUCGGCAUCAUUGCCAAUUGUACCAUUGACACCAGAUGGUUUACUUAUUCCAUUUCAGCCAUCACAAACACCAACAUUAUUAACCCCUGGUUUACUUCCACGUGCAGGUGGUUAUCCAUCAAAUCUUCAAGAUUUUAAUGAUAUUCAAGAAAAUAUUGAGCAACAACGUGCUCAAUUAGAAAAGAGUUUACGACAAGAAACUUUACGUCAAAGACCAAUACUAUCUUUGACUUCUACAACACCUAGAAGUCAAACUAAUCCAUAUACAUCAGCAAAUAUUUUUGCUUCAGACACUAGACCGAGUGGAUCUUCCCUUCCACCUAUAUCAUCAACAUCAUAUGUUCAACCAUCUUCAAUAGGACUUAACUAUUCUCGACCUACUUAUACUGGUUCAACAAGUGGAUCAGGUAUAAAAGGUCCAUCGACUGGUCCUUAUCGUCCUCUCUCACCAUAA